AUGCAAUCAAUAAUAAUAUCUCCACUACUUACUCAUCGGCUCUGUCUUGCUCCUCCUCCUGUAAACCGCCACCGUCUUCUCUGCCACGGUGCUCCUUCGAUCCGCCUUCCAAGCCACCGUUCUACCACCUCGCUCCGCCACUCCUCCUGCGCAGCGAGUCGGGACAGUGAAAUGGCGACUAAAGAUGUGCAGGAUCCGAGAAUCCCUAAGAUCGCCUCUUCCAUUAGAGUCAUCCCCGACUUCCCUAAACCAGGGAUCAUGUUUCAGGACAUAACGACCCUUCUUCUCGACACUGAGGCCUUUAAGGAUACCAUUGAUAUGUUUGUUGAAAGAUACAAAGGGAAAGACAUCUCUGUUGUUGCAGGUGUUGAAGCCAGAGGUUUCAUUUUUGGCCCUCCUAUUGCGUUGGCUAUUGGUGCCAAAUUUGUUCCCAUGAGGAAGCCCAAGAAGCUACCUGGGAAGGUUAUAUCGGAGGAGUAUUCGUUGGAGUAUGGAACAGAUAAGAUUGAGAUGCAUGUAGGUGCCGUAGAGCCUGGUGAGCGUGCUAUUAUCAUAGACGACCUCAUUGCCACUGGUGGGACUCUCUCUGCUGCGAUCCGACUACUCGAGCGAGUAGGAGUGAAGAUUGUGGAGUGUGCUUGCGUGAUUGAGUUACCAGAGCUUAAGGGAAGGGAGAAACUAGGAGAGACGCCACUAUACAUUCUUGUAGAGUCAGCUGCUUAA